CGACCAGGAAGCCCUGGCUGCCCAGCUCGCCGUGUGGAGGGAGUUUUCACACUGUCCCGGGUUGUCAGUCUGUCAGAGCGGUUGCCAUAGUUACUGGCGGGCUGUGCUGUGACAUGUCCGGCUACCAGCUGGAGGCCACGGAUGGCAGUGGAAGACACACUGUUCCUGCGGGGGAGACCGUCAUUGGAAGAGGACCCUUCCUGGGUAUUGCAGAUAAGAGAGUCUCCAGGAGCCAUGCUGUACUUGAGGUGGUGGAUGACAAGCUCCGCAUCAAAGGAAUGCACGUGAAUCCUUGCUUUUAUCAAGUCAGAGGCAAAAGCACAUUCGUACCUUUGGAAAUAAAUGAAUGGUGUUGGCUGCACUCUGGUGACUGCAUCUCUCUUCUGCCAGACAAAUACUCUUUUAGAGUCAUUGCAAAAGAUCCAUCAGAGGAGGCCACAUUAAGAAAUAGUCAAGGAGUUGAAGAAGAAAGUGAAUCAAAUGACAACUCCACCUGUUCCCCAAUAACCUCUUCACCAGGACAUGUGCCAUCAUCGCUAUCUGCGGCAAGCAACACGAGGACUGAUGGAAAGCUCCACAAUCAUGUGGCCUGUGCUGCAGAUGGAGAAUCGUCACAACCUGCACGGAGGAAACGUGUUCUUCCAAACUGGAUGUUGCAGGGAGAUCUUCCAGUUCAGGCUCUUCCUUCCCAUGUUAUUACAGCAGGGAAAAAGAAAAGAACUAUGACACAGAGGACUCAAAAAACAUCUUCCUCUAAAUCAAAAGAAGAGUACGUACCUGAGAAGAAACAACCAGAGGUCUCAUUUCCAACUACCUCUAGUAGUUUACCAAGAGCAGCCACUCCAGUCAACUUACAGAAAAGUCUUGUGGUAGACAAUGAGGAAGACUAUAAGAAAGAGGAGCACUGUGACUACACUCCUAAACUCUCAACCCCACCACCCAGCAACAGUUGUUCACCUGGAAGUCCAUCUACUUCAAACAAUAAGUCUUCAGUCGCUAAAGCAGAUAACAGUGACAACAUCAGUCUUAGUCCAACAUCAACGCAGAACUCCCAACAAGCCCCCAAAAAACGAGUUCCCUGCAUAUAUGGAGAGCAGUGCUACAGAAAAAACCCAACUCACUUCCAGGAAUUCAGUCACCCGGGAGACAGUGAUUACCACGACGUGGAGAAUGGGAGUCAAGAUGACAAUGAUGACAGGCCGGAGUGUCCUUACGGAACAGAUUGUUACAGGAAAAAUCCACAACACAAGCUGGAAUACAAGCACACUAGACCGCCAGGGAGAAAACUAAGGAAAAGAAAUCCUAAAAAAGCCAAAAGAAGUCUUUUGGAUGGUGACAGUGAUGAUGAUGGAGAAUCAAAUGAUUAUGAUUUAGAAGACAGCUUCAUUGAUGAUGAUGAAGAUGAGGAUUUUGACAUCACAGAUGAAGAUUCAGACUGGAUGCCCGAUUCAGGGGAUAAAGAUAGUGAAGAUGUGAAGGAGCUGUUAACGGAAGCAAAAAAAUUUAUGAGAAGGAAACGCUAAUUCCGACUUUUUUAUACACCUGUAUCAUUCUACAAUGUAAUAAUAGACUGCUUUCUUUUAUUUUCUGUUUUUAAAAAUGGAGAUCUAUUUUAUGCUUACACUCUAAAGAUAAAUUUAAAAUAAAAGCUCUUACUUUUCAAGUACUAUA